AUGUUGGACUCAGUGGCACCCACGGUUCACUCUGAAGCAUGUUUUAAAAGUGUCUGCGUAGUUAAAACAGCGUUGUUAAGAAUGUCAACAAUGACUGAUCCCUAUGACACAACAGGGACCCUUUCACUGAAGUGGGAUCCAAAGAACCUGGAGAUAAGAACCAUGUCUGUAGAGAGGACCCUGGAGCCGCUUGUCCUACAAGUGACAACCCUUGUAAAUAGCAAGGACAAAGCAGCCAAAAAGAAGAGACCUGGCAAAUCUAAACGCGCCAGCGCCCUGGUGGCCACCGUGGAGCGGGCGACGGAGAUCUUUAUCGAGCGAGGGCAGACCAUCGCCUAUGAGAACCCCGAGAUCACGCAGGAGAUGCUGGCCGCCGUGGAGCAAGUCCGGAAGGCCGGUGCAGCUAUGAGUCUCGCAGCUCGAGAGUUCUCGGAGGAGCCGUGCGCGUCCUCAGUCCGUUCCAGCAUGGUGCGCGCUGCCAGGAGCCUCCUAUCUGCCGUCACGAGGUUAUUAAUCCUGGCAGAUAUGGUGGAUGUGCACCUGCUCCUGUCUAAACAGAGAAUGGUGGAGAAAGACCUAGAUAAGUUGAAGUCUGCCUCGUCGCAGUCAGAACUAAUUGAGAGUGCUCGCCAAUUUGGGAGAUCGGCCAGUGAGCUGGCAGCCCAAGCAGCCAAGAGGCAAAAGGAAUUAAAGGAACCGAGGAUGAAGGACGAACUGGCUGCAGCGAGGGCGGUGCUGAAGAAGCACUCAACGAUGCUGCUAACUGCUUCCAAGGUGUACGUGCGCCACCCGGAGUUGGCCGCCGCCAAGGCGAACCGCGACUUCGUGCUCCGCGCUGUCUGCUCCGCCGUCGACACCAUCUCGGCAGUGGCGCAAGGCAGGCCCACUCCCAACACUGGAACCAAUCGGGUGCCGGUGGAAGGACCGGGUGAAUUGGCUCAAGCUUUGGACGAUUUUGACGAGCGAAUGGUGAUGGAACCGCUGGCCUAUUCCGAGCUGAGGACUCGUCCGUCCCUCGAGGAGCGGUUGGAAUCUAUCAUAUCUGGUGCGGCGCUGAUGGCAGAUAGCUCCUGUACUAGGGACGAGCGGCGCGAGCGCAUAGUGGCCGAGUGUAACGCGGUCCGCCAAGCUCUGCAAGAGCUGCUGCACGAGUACAUGAGCAAUGCUGGUCGUGCCGAACAGUCCGAGGGUCUGGAGAGGGCUUUGGAGCACAUGUGCAGGAAGACACGGGACCUGCGCAGGCAGUUGCGCAAAGCGGUCGUGGACCACGUCUCGGACAGUUUUCUGGAGACCAACGUGCCUCUGCUGGUACUGAUGGAAGCAGCCAGAAACGGUAAUGAGAAAGAGGUCGAGGAAUAUGCUAUUGUGUUUACUGAGCACGCUAAUAAAUUGGUUGAGGUCGCCAACUUGGUCUGCUCGAUGUCCAACAACGAGGACGGUGUAAAGAUGGUGCGUCACGCCGCGGGACAGAUUGAGGCGCUCUGUCCGCAGGUGAUAAACGCGUGCCGCGUGCUCGCUGCACGCAGUAGGUCGCGCGUCGCGCAAGAGAACGCGCGCGCUUUUGGGCGUGCUUGGGAAAGCGCCGUGCGCCUGUUGACAGACGCUGUAGACGAUCUCACCACGAUUGACGACUUCCUGGCUGUCAGCGAGAACCAUAUUCUGGAGGACGUGAACAAAUGCGUGGUGGCGCUGCAAGAGGGUGACCCGGACUCGCUGGAACGCACCGCGGGGGCCAUUCGGGGCAGAGCGGCGAGGGUCUGCUCCGUGGUGGCCCAAGAGAUGGACAACUACGAGCCUUGCAUCUACACCAAGCGCGUACUGGAGGCUGUGACUGUGCUGAGAGACCAAGGUACGUGGACUCUUUACUGUGUAUAUACUAGAGAUGCGCCGAGUAACACUUUUGCCUAG